UGCGUGUGCGUGCGUGUGCGUGUGUGUGUGUGUGUGUGUGUGUGUGUGAGAGAGAGAGAGAGAGAGAGAGAGAGAGAGAUUACUACAGUUCACGAUCUAUAAAUGUCCAAUGGAUUUGCAGCGUAAGUCAUUGCACCUUUGCUCCAAUGUAAAGAUCGACAGAACCAAUGACUUCACCUGUGUCUCAGCUCACAGAAAAGGUUAACCCAAUAAUAUCAGAGCCUUUGCUACUUUUUGUUUUGGAGAGUGGAUCCAACAUCAGGCGCUCUCCCUGGGGUAGCAUCAUGAGGUCUCUUCUCUUACCUGCUGCAGUGAUUCCGUGACUCACCAUUUUAGUCACGGCAACACAAUGAGCAGACCCCCAAAGGGAGACCCGAGGAACGGCAGCACAGUGACUGAGUUCAUCCUCGUGGGCUUUGAGCACAGCUCCCCUUCCACCCGGGCACUGCUCUUCACCCUCUUCCUGGCUCUCUACAGCCUCGCCAUGGCCAUGAACGGCCUCAUCAUCCUCAUCACAUGGACUGACCCCAGGCUCAACAGCCCCAUGUACUUCUUCCUCGGACACCUGUCUUUCCUGGACAUCUGCUUCAUCACCACCACCAUCCCACAGAUGUUGGUCCACCUGGUGACCAAGAACCACACGGUCUCCUUUGUCUCUUGCAUGACCCAGAUGUAUCUGGUUUUUGGUGUGGGUGUGGCCGAGUGCAUCCUCUUGGCUUUCAUGGCCUAUGAUCGUUAUGUUGCCAUCUGCCACCCUCUGAAUUACGCUCAGAUCAUAAGUCGUCAGGUGUGUAUCAGGCUGGUGGUGAUUUCCUGGGUCUUUGGGAUGAUCAAUGGCAUCCUUCUUGAUUACAUGACAUUCCGAGGUCCAUUCUGCAGAGAAAAUCACAUAGAAAACUUCUUCUGUGAGGCUCCCAUAGUGAUCGCCCUCUCCUGUGGGGACCCGGAGUUCAGUCUGAAGGUGAUCUUUGUUGAUGCCAUUGCGGUGUUGCUCAGUCCCAUGGUGCUCAUCGUCACCUCCUAUGCCCGAAUCCUGGCCUCCAUCCUCCGCAGGGCCUCCUCCUCCUCAGGUAGGGGGAAGACAUUCUCCACUUGUGCCUCCCACCUGACCGUGGUUGUCUUUUUCUACACCUCAGCUAUGUUCUCUUACAUGAAUCCCCGCAGUACACAUGGACCUGACAAAGACAAGCCUUUCUCCCUCCUCUACACCAUCAUCACCCCCAUGUGCAACCCAGUCAUCUACAGCUUCCGCAACAAGGAAAUGAAGGGGGCCAUGGGGAGGGCUCUUGGGAGAGCCAACCUGGCUCAGGCAGAGUCCUUUUAGCCUGAAAUUACUUGAAUGAAUUCAGCCUACUGAAAAUAGAAGCUUAUCCCCUUCCUAGUCUUUGUUCCCAAUGCUGGAGGGCUCCAAGAAAGACGUUCAUGUCUUCCUUGGCAGCAGACUCAGAUCUUGAAGUAAUUUCUCCUGACGUCUUGAGUUGGCUCCCAGCAUAAACUGAGUCUCUGAUUUCUAUUGGUAAUCUGUUUUCGGGGUUGGAGGGACAAAUGCGAUGUUACAGGGCUUAUGUCACUAACUGAGAAGAGACAGGCUUGCUUUACAAGAUAAAGCAAUUAGCAUAAUCUUAGUUAGGGUUUUAUUGCACGACCACAGUAACUCUUACAAAGAAAAAUACUUAACUCGGGCUGGGUUACGGUUCAGAGGUUUAGUCUAUUAUUGUCAUAACAGGAAGCAUCACAACAUGCUGGCAGACAUGAUGCUGGAGAAGGAUCAGUGUCCUACAUCCGGAUCGGCAGGAAGCAGGAAGAGAAUCAGCUUGAGCAUCUAGAGCUCAAAGCCCCACCCCCAGUGACGCACUUCCUCCAACAAAGCCACACCCACUCUAACAAGACCACACCUCCUAACAGUGUUGCUCCCUACAGGCCUGUGGAGGCCAUUUUUAUUCAAAUCACCGCAAGCAUAAAAACCAAAAUAAUUUGGAGAGCUUUUGCUUAGGGAACAGAAUAGUUUGAAAGUCAAGAUGUGGAGGCAGUGGGUUGGAGGAAUAUUGUGCGAGGGACGCAGCAUCCCAUCCCUGUGUGGUGGUCCACAAAUUCUUUAAGUUCACAGGAAAAAAGGGGGAUUAAUGAGAGUGGACUUCUAUUACUUUCCAAACCCAGUAAGAGGAGGCACAAGAUUUUAGAUUAACGCCAAGGAAGGAGAAUGGAACUAGAGCCAAAGGCUCAAGGCAGCAGCCUGUGCAGCUUGUGAUUGUGAUUUCUGUACCACAGAAGGCCCUACAGCCAGGAACUCUUGGAGGGACUCCUACCACUCAACAGUGUAGAGCGGGGCUACUUUAAAACGUUUGCACAUUCUUUGCUGGUUUCAUCCUCCUGCCCCAGCUUCGGAAAUAGUGAAAAUGCAUUCACAAGCUACCACGCCUGACUCCACUUGAAGUUUUUAAUCACUGACCUGGUUGCAACAUUUAAUGCCUUUAUUUCCCUCUUAGGCUGGGUCCUGCUAGCUGAAUCUUUAUUAAUGGCUACAGUGAGCUUCCUUGUCAUUUAGAGUCUUGUCAUUGCGUUAACUUAAGGAACAUUGCUGGCAGAACACAAGACAGAGAGACGGUGUUUAGGUACACUUAUUUUUUCUGGCUCCUUUGAUCGCCCAGGUUCUGCAGCCUUGAUCUCAGGGUCAUAGAUAUCUCUGUUCCCUUUCCUUUCCCCUGAAGGUGAUAUAUGGUUGAAUUAGAAACAGAUCAUCAACAUGCAUGGAUUUAAAUCUGCAGUUCAAAUAUCCCUGCAAAUAUAGAGGCAGACAGACAGACAGUUUGAUGUUACUAAACAAUCAAGAAGAAAAGUCUGCCUUUGAACAUUGCUAUAGCCGGGAUCUUGGAAGACCAUAAAGGCCCAUAUGGUAAGGCUUUGCUAUGUUCUCCAUCUGGAAUGUUCCUCAACAAGCUCCUGCUUUGAAGACUUGGUCCCCGGCUUGUGGUACUGUGAUGUCAGAAAUUUGGAGCAGAGACUGAAGGAAAGGUCAUCCAGAGAGUGCUCCACCUUGGGAUCCAUCCCAUAUACAAUCAGCAAAGCCAGACACUAUUGUGGAUGCCAAGGAGUGCAUGCAGGAGGGAGCCUGAUAUGGAUGUCUCCUGAGAGACUCGGCCAGAGCCUGACAAAUACAGAAUCGGCAGCUCAUAGCCAACCAUUGGACUGAGAACAGGAUCCCAAUUGGAGGAGUUAGAGAAAGGACUGAAGGAGCUGAAGGGGUUUGCACCUCCAUAGGAAGAACAACAAUAUCAACCAACCAGAAACUAAACCACCAACCAGAGUCCACAUGGAGGGACCCAUGGCUCCAGCUGCAUAUGUAGCAGAGGAUGGUCUUGUCAGGCAUCAAAGGGAAGAGAGUCCCUUUGUCCUGGGAAGGCCCAAUGCCCCUGUAUAGGGGAAUGCCAGGGCAGGGAGGAGGGAGGGAGGGAGUGGGUGGGUGGAUUGGGAACCACCCUCAUAGAAGAAGGGUGAGGGGGAUGAGAUGGGGGUUGCCAGAGGGGAAACCAGGAAAAGGGAUAACAUUUGAAAUGUAAAUAAAGACAAUAUCCAAUAAAAGACCAUGAUGUCGGGUACCAAGCUUCUAAAGGUGAUGCUCAGUCUGCCUUGCAUCUUGGGCUCUGUUAGUCUACACUGUGUGGACAGCUACUGUCUCUUGCUCGAGAUGCCGUGGGUGGAGUCACUCCCAUCACUGUAUUUUCUUCUACUUUGGAGAACUGGAAUCUCUCUGAAAUCAGGAGCCAAAGUAAGGGGAGAUGGGGGAGGAGGGCUGGAGAGAUGGCUCAGUGGUUAAAAGCACUGACUCCUCCUCCAGAGGUUCAAUUCCCAGCAACCACAUGGUGGCUCACAAUCAUCAGUAAUGGGAUCCGAUGCCCUCUUUCUUCUGGUGUGUCUGAGGACAGCUACAGAGUACUCAUAUAUAUAUAUAAAGUAAAUAAUUUUUUAAUGAGGAGAUUGUGGUCUCACAACCUCAUUGAAAGGCACGACUGGGCUGGAGAGAUGGCUCAGCCGUUAAACUUGUGGCUAGGCUCACAACCAAAAAAAAAAAAAAAGAAAGAAAGAAAAAAGAAAGGCACGACCUCCAUGGCACUGAGGCUCUCAAUGGUCCCCACUCUUCAUCUUUCUGUGGCAGUGCCCUGGGGACCAAGUCCACAUUAGUCGUUCUUAAGUCACUGUGAUCAAAUACCUGCCAUCAACAACAUAAGGAAUGAUUGACUUUGGCUUCAUGGUGACAAAAUAAAGAGACUUUUCUACCCCUGAGCACGUGUCUUGCCUCAGCACGUGCGUCUGUCUCAGCUGACAUCACUCUGCCAAUUAGCCCAAGUCUGAGGAAGCAGCAAGAAAUUGCAGCACAUCACCAGAAUGUGAUGCGUUCCUCUCUAUGCAAUUCUCCCUAUGCAAAUGGAGCUCAACUAUGCAACGCAAGACGGACCAGUACAUGUGUGCUAUUAGCAAAGAAUCCUUCAUCACGAGUCCUUUCGCGUGCUUGCUUUAGCAGAACAUCCUCUCUCCUGUGUCUGCUUCAGCUAAACAUUCCUCCACAAGUCAGCCUUAGUCUUUCACCUGUGUCCACUUCAGGAAAACACUCUUUCAUGUGUUUGUCCCAGCAAAACACCAUCCACUGACUCUCCAAAGAACCCUUGAGUUUCCACUUCAAGGCAUGGUGGUGCACACCUUCGAUCCCAAGACUCAGGAGGCAGAGACAGAGGCAGGUAGACUUCUGAGUUUGAGACCAGCCUGGUCUACAGAGUGAGUUCCAUGACAGCCAGGGAAACCCUGCCUUGAAAAAUUAAAACAAAUCAACAAGAAGUAUUAAAGAAACUCUACCGCUUUUGAUCUGUUCUUGUUUUUCCAAAGCUCUGAGGUCCAUCCUCAUUACUUACUUGAAUCUAUCUGCUGUUGCUUUUUUAAUGUAGGUUAUACUGUGUAAGUGUAGCUAUAAAUAUCCCUCUUUGGGCUGCUUCUGUAUCCUGUUGGUUUUGAUAUGAUACAAUUUCACUGUCAUUCAUUUCUAGGAUUAUAUAAAUUUCUUUCUUGAUCUCUC